CCCUGGUCUAACAAUGGAAGACGACUUUUUUUCCUUUGCGAGGAAAUUGCUUUGUAAAUUUCUUGGUUUUAUCGAUAUGUAUAAAACUUUCAACAAUUAUCUGCAACUCAAUACAAUAAUCUUCCUCAAAUGACAAUUGUUAAUAGGAUUCUACAGAAUAUAUUACUUACUUAAAGUUAAAGUGCAUUUGCUAUUGUUCACACUUCAACUACUUACUUCUCACCAUUAUAUUAAUAUAAAUACCCCCAUUUCUCAACACAAUAAUCAUCCUUUUUGUAUGAUGUUCUUGAUUCUCUCUUGUUUCUUGAUUCUUUUUGUGUGAGUUUGAAUUGGCAAUUUUAUAGUUGAAUUUUUGUUGAUAAUUUGUUGUCUGUACUUUUAUCUGAUCAAAACCCUUGAAUUUCUGGGGUUUUGGGUUUGAUUGAACUUUUGGGUUUUGGGAUUUUUGAUUUUCUGUGUUGGUUUGUGAUGGAGGCAUUGGGUGGGAAUCAAAGAAAUGGGGGAGAGGGUAUGAAUUUGAGUGAUGGGGUUGGGAUGGAGCCAUUGAGUGGGAAUCAAAGAAAUGGGGAGGGCUUGAAUUUGAGUGAUGGGAUUGGGAUGAAGAGGGUUAGUGGUGGUGUGGAAGGGAGCCCAGUGGUUAAAAAAGUUAGGCGUGUUGAAGAAGUUGAUGAAAUUUUUGGUUCUCUCAAAGACAUUGAUGAGAAUUUUACUUUAGAGCCUCUAGAGGGUAAAACUGAAAGCGCGGUUUGCGGGAAAUUUGAUGGAAGUAUUGGGCAUAUAGGUAAGAAUGGGGCAGUGGAUGCUGGAGAAUUCACUGUUGGGUGCCAAGAAAGUGGACUUUUCGGUUUAGUUGAAGAGUCUCACAAUGGUAUUCAAGUGUUAAAUGGGAACCUAGGGAAUGGUAUCGGGGGAAAUGAAUUGGGAUUUGAUCUUAAUAUUCCAGUUUGGGAAGCGGGUGAUGGGAGUACUUUAGUUGGUCUGCAGGAGUAUACUCAGAGCACUGUUGAAUUAAAUGAGAUCAGGUCUGAUGACAGUGAUCAUGCAGAGGAAAGAGUUAAUAAGGGAAGAGACAAGGGAAAUGCGAAGCAAAUUGAGGAAAUAACGCCUAAUGAUGCUGCUGGAAAUUUCAAAAUUGAGUUUGGAGUGAUGGACAAGGACCAGGAUAUUGGUGGAAGUAGUUCAUUGGGUGGUGAGAGGAGAUACACCAGAGAAGAAAAGGGAAAGGCUAAGGCUGAAAAGCCUUGGUUGUCACUUGCAACCUCGCCAAUGGAGUUGGACUUGCAACACAGGAAGCUGGAGGAGGAGCAGGCUGCUCCAGCAGUGCUACAGUUAGGAUCCGUCCAGCCUAGACAAAAUGUUGACGUGUUACCUCUUGAAAAUUUUGACAUUAGAAGAAGGUUUAUGGCUGAACGUGCAGAAAGAGAUGCAAUUGCAUUAAGGAAAAAGGCUCAUCGCUUUGCACGCUAUGAUGCUCCGCGUGAAGGGUCUUCUAGUCAGGAAAAGAAAUUACCAACUUUGGGAACUGUUAAAGAUCUGGGAAACACCCCCAAUCCCUUUUCUACUGCACUGAAGAAUAUUACGGGGCGUAUACCUCGACGAAAGGAUGAGAAAUUGGUUAGAUGGGAAGCAUCUCGACACCCUGAGAAUAAAAGUUUUCCUCGUGUGAUUCCUUCACUGAUAGAUCUUUCCUUGAAAGCCCUUGCAGAAAAUUCUGAAGCAAUAGUUUCGCUCAAAGGUGUCCCUGAUAUCUUGAGACGAAGAUUGACUGAAUUGCUCUGCCAUUCCAGGAAAAUGAAUUCUCAUAUGUUGGACCUUCUUGUUGAAGGAUCACCAACGCAAAUUUGUAUAAAGGACUCUUCGUGGUUAACAGAAGAGGAUUUUUGCAAAUCAUUUGGAGACUUUGAUAGAAGAAACUUGAUGGUGCUUCAACUAGAUCUAUGUGGACAACCUACACUUGAUCUUGUGUUGGGUAAAACCAUAGCUCCGGCUUCGAAUAGCUUGCCUAAUUUAGCCAUCUUGUCGCUGAGGGGUGCCUGUCGGAUGUCUGAUAAAGCGAUGGAAAUACUUGUCACAUCAGCACCUUCUCUACAAUCCAUUGAUUUGGGUCAGUGCUCCCUUUUGACCCACACUAGUAUUGAUAUUGCAGCCAACUCGUUGGGAUCAAUGCUCAAGGAGCUCUAUAUAGAUGUCUGUGAGAGCAUAGAUGCGAUGCUUAUAUUACGUGCACUGGAGAAGUUGGAGCACUUGGAAGUGUUGUCAGUAGCUGGAAAUCAUAGCGUAUGUGAUCAGUUUGUAAGUGAGUUACUUACACCACAUGCUCAAAAUUUCAAAGAGCUUGAUUUUGCUGACUGCCAGAAUCUGACAGAUCAAUCUCUGAAGUUCAUUGGAGAUACAUGUGCUAAUUUGCAUUCAUUAAACAUUUCAAACUUGAAGAAAUUGACAGAUGUGGGACUACAAUUUCUUGCAAAUGGUUGUCGAUCAAUUCGAAGACUCAAACUUUGCCGUAAUAGUUUCAGUGAUGAAGGUAUUGCUGCAUUUCUGGAAGCUUCUGGAGCGUGUUUGGAAGAUCUUUCGCUGAAUAAUUGCUCUAAGGUUAGCACCAACACUGCAUUCUCACUAGCCAAAAUUUCAAGAAAGCUACUGCAUUUGGACCUAUCAUGGUGUCGUAGAAUAACUGACGAAGAGCUAGGACUGAUUGUAGACAGCUGCUUGUCGCUCAAGCUGCUCAAACUCUUUGGCUGCACACAGAUAACAGAUGUAUUCAUCAAUGGCCACUCAAACACAGUAGUGCAGAUCAUUGGAUUGAGUGUGAAUCCGAUAUUAGAUAUGAUUAGUAGGUUUGAUGGCGUGGAAGUUCUGUUGAAGUAUUCACCACUACUGACGUCUAGAGAUUCCUCAUUCACAGAAUAGCACUCGUUGGAACAAAAAGAAAUUGCCUUUUUUAAUCUUUUUUUUGGAACAGCCUCUUCUUCCUUAUUUUUGAGAUAGAUUUUACUUUACAGGUCAUACAUGAUAGCUACAAAUGUAAAUUGUUGCCAAAAUAUGCUUUUAUAGCAGCAUCUCUCUUGUCCUCAACAUUUUAGCUUCUUUCUGAUCAUAGAAUACACCGAGUUGAUUACUGUAACAACAAUGUCCUUACUGCUAAUUAAUGGAUGGUCGUUCUUUCUUGUCA